AUGUCGUUUAUCAAGAGGAAUAUACUCGGACUUGUGAUCCGUUCAAAGAAUGAGCUCGUCUCGUCGAAGGCCUUCAAAAGAAACAUUGGUUUGUUUCCAAUAAGUCGCACAUAUUCAACAGAAGGAUCAUCAACAGAAGCAUCAACUGUUUCAGAUGCUGAAACUGUAACAACUCCCGUGAAUUCUAGAAUCGUAUCUGAUAUGAAAUCCUUGAAGAAGAAUAAUCUUAUUAGUGCCGAUAUUGUUGACAGCAUGAUCAAAGCCAAGUUUGAACAUUUGACUCCAGUUCAACAAAAGUCUAUCAUUCCAAUUCUUGAAUCUGAAAAGGGAUUAGUGGUUAGAGCCAAAACAGGUACCGGGAAGACAUUGGCCUUUGUUAUUCCCACUUUAGAUGCUGCUAUCAAGAGACAAGGACCUCCCAAGACCACAUCAUUGAUUGUUGCACCAACCAGAGACUUGGCUCAACAGAUUGUAAUGGAAUAUAAAAAGGUGAUUCAGUUUUUACCUCGUUCUUUAGCUAAGAAAUGUGAUAUUGGGAUUAUUAUGGGAGGAAACUCCACCAAAAAGAGACCAGACCCCAGAAAUCCACCGGCUAUUAUCGUUGCAACUCCUGGUAGAUUGGCAGACCAAAUAAGAUCACCAAGCGUGUCUCACAUGUUUAGUGAGUUGGAAUAUAGGGUUUAUGAUGAAGCAGAUCGGAUUUUAGACGAAGGUUUUAGAGACGAAAUCGACUCCAUCAACGACAGAUUAAUUCAAGCCCGGCGUCAUAAUAAAAAUGAAAAACCUUUCAAAUCUGUUUGCUAUUCAGCAACCAUUGCCAAUGAACUUGAAGACUUUGCUGUGUCAGAAUUUGGGGCCGAAUAUGAAUUUGUUGAUUGUGUUGAUAAGAAUGAACCUGAAGCCCAUGAAAAUAUUCACCAAGAGUUGGUAUACACCAAUGAUGCCCAACAAUCCUUCAAUGCUGCUGCUUCAUACAUUGUCAAUGAAAUGGAAAGAAAGAAUUUCAAGGCCAUUGUGUUUCUUCCCACUGUGACCGGUUGUGAUUGGUUCUUCAAGUUGUUGAGAGAAUGUUCUCAUAGUGAAUUAUAUGAUAGUCGUCUUACCAAGAAGUUUGGGUCCAGGACUCUUCGUUUGAACGGUAAAAUGACUCAAGUGGCCAGAGAUAGGUCUGUUAGAGAAUUUAGAUCAACUUCUCAUGGUGUUUUAGUUGCAACUGACGUUGCUGCCAGAGGUAUGGAUUUCAGUGAUGUCACUGAUGUCAUUCAAAUUGCUCCAAGUACUGAUAUGGCCGAUUAUGUUCAUAAGAUUGGUAGAACUGCCAGAGCUGGUCGUAAGGGUAAAGCAACGUUAUUUUUGUCCAAACUUGAAGCUCCUUAUUCUAAGAAAUUGAUUUCCUCCAAGAAGAUCAAUUUUGCUAAUAAAUUGAACGCUGAAGAAGUUCCAGAAUUCUCCAAAGAUAUCUUAUCAACUGUCAAACUUCCAAUGGAAGAUGUUGAAGAGUUCGCUAAUGCUUACCUAUCAUUCAGAGCUCAAUGCAGUGCAAUCUAUAAGAUUGACAAAUAUGCUUCCAUUAAAGAAACCCUUGCUUUAUACCGGACAUUAGUUGAUGAUCCUGAAGCAAAAUUAUCUGCUUCAGAGAACUUCCUCAAGAACAUCUUCCAAUUAUCAAGAGAUGAAGCUGAGCCUUUCUUCCACCUUCCUUCAGGAUACCGCGGACCUCAAAGAAAGUCAUUCAAUAAUCAAAAUAAGUCAUCUGCCCGUAGAGGUAGAUUUGAUUCCAACAGAGGGGGUAAUUAUCAACGUCUGUCUGGAGGAUAUGGUUCUAGGGACUCUUAUAAGAAACGAAAUAAUGAUGAUGAGUACAGAACACGGAAUUAUGAUGACUUCAACCAGAGAGACUCCUUCAAAAGAAGAAGCAAUAACGAUGAUUUCAGAGGUUCCAACAAAUAUAAUUCUGAUAGAAAGAAUUAUAACAAAGGAACUCGUGACAACUUUGGUUCAAGAAGAAGAAAUGAUCACUCUGAUGAAGAUUGGUGA